CAAAUUUUUAAAAUUUUCUGAUGUUAACCGCCAUUUCAAUAAGCAAAAAAAGUUCCCUGCUAGAAAACUGUGAACGGAGGCCGAGUACCCGACUUUUAAUAAAGACCUUCUUUACCUGCUCAUCCCUUAUUUCAAACACAAUGUACCCAAAGGAACUGCAUUUCGAACAGCUGUGUGUUCAGUAGAAAUUCCACAUUCUUGUAUCUAACGCGUGCGUAAUACUAGCAUUUUCUAUGAAAUAAUAAUAGAAUAUUGCAUUAAUUGUACAUAAACAUCGGUCGUUUUAUUAUGCAUUUAUAAUAAAUCCGUUUUCUUGAUAUAAUAUUGCAUCACUCAUUUCUAAUUUCAGUAGACCAAGUUGUGUAAAUUACAAAUGAAACCGUACAUUUUCUUUGAAGUGUUAGAAAAAUUUUUUGAAUUUAACUAUCCACUAUUGCCAGACUAUGAUUUUCCGGUACGUAUUGAUAAAUGAAAAAAAAAUUGUCACGAAAAACACUACUAGCUAUGACACAAGUGUAAGACCGUGUACUAACAUUCAGCGUACGUUAACCUCAAUAACAUAUUUUAAUUUUAUUACAUUGAAUGAUAUUUCGAAACGCUUAAGUAAACAAGCAAAGUGGAAAACAAAAUGUUUACACAGUUUUGUUACGUUGCUGCACUAACGAAAAUAAUCGUUAAGCAUGUAUGUGCUAUUUUCUGUGCAACCAUUGAAAUAUUUCAAAAUUUCAGUACCUAAAUCUAAUGUUAAAGUCGUAGAAUAUCGAUUAGUUUGAACGGCCCUUAAUAAAGAUAGAUAGUCGUCACUUAAGGUAUUCAGUUAUUUUUAUUACAUAAAGUAAAAACAGAGAUUUCAUUAUUGUUUAAAUGAUACGCGUGUACUAGUAAAUAUCUAACAAUCUGGCAGUCAAGCAGAAAUAAACUCAUUUACAAAAAGAUAAGCGCGAGGUGGCGGCACGCGCAGCAGGCAUGUUAGUGUGUGACGUUUUAUCAACAAAUCUCCGAUGUAACGCCCGCAUCCGUUGACAAUCAGCCGUCGUUCUUCAAACAAAUAACAGUUUUGUCAAUAAUUGCAAGUCAAUGAAUGAAUAAAUAGUUUCGGCGUGAUCGAAAAAUGUCUCAGAAUAAAGAUACAUUAGAUGUGCGCAAACAAAGCAUCGCGAACGUUCGUUGCGUAGACCAUACCGGCACAGAACAAUACCGGUUGUUCUUCUAACCCAAUUACCUAGCUAAAUACCGGGCUAGGACUCGCCACUCACGGUCCGAACUCCGUCGCCUUCAUCUAUAUACUCAGUUACACAGCCAAGACAUUUGUCAAUAAUUUCCGCGCUUGAAGAAUUAUUUUAAAACUGUACUGUCCUGCAGUUACCCACUGCUAAUGUAUUGUACACGUCAAAGUAAUGUUGAAAGAAUCAGACUUAAUCUAUUUUGUAAACAUUUGGCUUGUUUUAGUUUUUUACUAUGAUGAAUCAUAUUUUAAAAGUUAAAAUGUAUUCUUGUGCACAAAAGUGCAGAAUAAUUUUAGUGGCAACUUGACAAACAAAAUAGUUUCGUGAAGGUGUGUUCAUUAAAAAUAAGAUAGGAAAUGUAGUACGUAAUGCGAAGAAAAGCUCCUGUGUCGGGCACCUCGGAGUGCGCGGGAGGGCGCUCCCACGGGUUGCCGAUAUUUUUAGUCCACGACCAUUACUUGGCACCGACGGCCGCGCUCGCUUGCGCUAGUGAUCUUUUUGAAAUUUGUUCGGUUCGCGCCUAGGUACGCUCUGAAUCUCUAGAUAGACCCAGUCUGGGACCGCUAGUGAACAAUGAGUGCCGCAAGCUGGGAAUAGUGAAAAUGAAAUCAUUAUGUAGUGUGUAAUCACUGUUUGAAAAUUAUGACGGUUGCAGGAUACUACGUGACUUAUCCUAGUUUAAAGAGUGUUAUUGUUUCUCAACGUUACUAUAAAAUUACAAAAUAUGGCCAGUUUAACCAGUAACAACAGCACGACGAGUCCACGGCGUCAACGUUAUAAUCGUGCGUCCACCACCAGUGUGACUCAGCUGUUGUCGGACGGCUACUCCAGUUUCAUUAACCGUUUAACGAGACGAGGUCCCUCUGAAAAAUCCGACACCGCAGUUGAUUCUAAACUGACGAUACCGCGAUCUCGUUUUAAUGAUAACUUUUCCAAUAACACUUCAUCACUUUCUAAUUUCCGUCGUUACGAUAAUAAUAAUGGCCACAUAUUACCAUAUUCAUCGUUGACUUCAAUGGCGACUACACCUAGUUCUAGGAAAUUGAAUGACGACCGUGCCUACUCCACUUACUUGGGAACAACAAAAUCUAGAAUUGACACUUCACCAUUGCGUUCUACGUCCGGUAUUACCACUGUCAGUCGUAGUGACUCAUUCCGCAGAGCCCAAAUGAAAGAUAAAUCAUCCCCGUUUACCAAAAGGUAUCCUCUAAAAGAAAACAACAACAACAUUGAACAAACAUUAUCAUUGGGUAGUACUCGCAGUCGUUUAGAAGAUAAAUAUUCUUCUGUUUUGGACCGAAUAGCAAGUCAAAAGAAGGAAAGAGCUAGAAAAGAUAAAGAACAUGAAAAAACAUUAGAACCAGAACCUGCUCUCUCGAGAGGUUUAAUGAGAAGUUUGACGACGGCCGUUUUUGGAGAACAUACUUUUAAAAGGAAUAAUUAUUCUCGCGAAAAGACUAGGGACAAAACUCCUUACAGAAAUGCGACUGAUCGACGAUUAUCCAGUCAUAAACAAAAAGAUAAAGAUGAAUAUAAGAAUGGCUUCGAAGUACUGCAAAAGGAUCACCAUUUCGGUAAGGACCGUGAUAGUGUAUACAGAAGACAUCAACGACGUUCAUUGAGGGCUGAGAAAAGCGAAAAUAGCGAAAGAAAAACCACAAAGAUGACUUUGAGACCAAUAGACAUAGACCUCCAAACUAGCAAUCGAGAUCUUAUUUCUCCGUUAGCCAUAAAAGAAGCUAUCUCUAAGUCUAAAAUUACAAAAACGCCGGCUUCGUCUCCGACGCGAGAUUCGGGUAGACAGAAACAAAUAUAUUUUCCGUCCAGUGAUGAAGAUGACGAUAAAACCCCUGUUGGAGAUCUGGUACUGACCGAUCGUGAAACGAGACGCAAAGAAAUUCAGGGAUUGAUAAUGAAGUAUGCGCAUUUAGACGAAAUGUACGAUCGCAUUGGAGAUAAAAAUGAAGUGACGAACGACACGAGUGCCAUACGAAAACCGGAGCCCUUAGCUGUUGGAGACGUGGUAGCAUUGCCGCCGGAGCUGCGCAGUCGGCAUCGUCCCCAGAGACCUCGCCACCAGACGCGGCGCGCGGCAACGCCGCCUAGCUCCCGGGCACGCUCCUCCGUCAAGGACGACAAGGACGGACAUCUGGUCUACUGGCCCGGCUAUGUCAUGGGAGCGAGAUACAAAAUCAUCGACACGCUCGGCGAGGGCACCUUCGGCAAAGUCGUCGAGGUGAAGGAUUUAGAGCUGGAGCACAGAAUGGCUCUGAAGAUAAUCAAAAACGUCGAGAAGUACAGAGAGGCUGCCAAACUUGAGAUUAACGUAUUAGAGAAAUUAGCUGACGUCGAUCCGGAUUGUAAGAAUUUGUGCGUGAAGAUGUUAGACUGGUUUGAGUACCACGGUCACAUGUGCAUCGCGUUUGAAAUGCUCGGUCAAAGUGUAUUUGACUUCCUGAAAGACAACAACUACCAGCCGUACCCGCUGGAGCAGGUGCGCCACAUCUCGUACCAGCUCGUGUACAGCGUGAUGUUCCUGCACGACAACAAACUGACGCACACCGAUCUCAAACCUGAAAAUAUAUUAUUCGUUGACAGCGAUUACGAGGUCGUCAGCGUCUACACUAGUUCUAAGAAGACACAUGACUUAAGACGCGUGAAGCGAAGCGAUGUUAGACUGAUAGACUUCGGCAGCGCCACCUUCGACCACGAGCACCACAGCACCAUCGUCUCCACCAGACACUACCGGGCGCCAGAAGUCAUCCUGGAGCUGGGCUGGUCGCAGCCGUGCGACGUGUGGUCGAUAGGCUGCAUCAUGUUCGAGCUGUACCUCGGGAUCACGCUCUUCCAGACACACGACAACAGGGAGCACCUCGCUAUGAUGGAGAGGAUCCUGGGACCCAUACCGUACAGAAUGGCGCGGAAAACUAGAACAAAAUAUUUCUAUCAUGGAAAGUUAGAUUGGGAAGAAAAAUCGUCUGCUGGCAGAUACGUCAGAGAAAAUUGUAAACCAUUAUUGGUGAGUUAUAUUUUUUACAUGUUACCAUUAAUCAUGGUUUAAUACUACAACUGAAGU